UAGGCUGCACAGCUUUGUACGCUGUUGGCGUUGGAAGAAACGUUUGAGGGUCGUUUUGCCGAGUAGCCUGGCAAGAGGGCGCUCUAACUGUCGUUCGCUUCCCCUCUGCCCUGCCGCUCUCGAAACUCAGCGGGAGAGGCUGUCGCUAGGAGACCGGAGUGACUCGGCGUGGAGCGACGGAGGGGGAAAGAGAGAGGCAUUCCUGGCAAUUCUGGUAUCAUCAGACGUGUCCCUCAGAAGGUCACAGAGCUCUGGUGGCAUUGGUGGAAAAGCUGUCGAACCCAGCACAUGAGACAGCUAGUGGACUGAACCAGAUUAGAGGCUUCAGGCAGAAGUGAGAUCUAAGAACUGCAGUUAAAAAUACAGGUGCAAUCAUGCCGAAGAAGAAGGGGCGCAAACGGCAGAUGCUGACUGACGAAGAACGGCUGCUUAUGAUGCAACAGAAGCAGCUGGCUGAGGAGGAAAUGACUAAGAAGAAGGAGGACAUGCUGGCCCAGUUCCUAAAGGAAAAGCUGGCCAAGGAGGAGCGCAACAGCGUUGUGAAUAUGCACAAAAUCACCCUGCAGUGGCGCACUGUGCUUCGUGAAGUCAAGGCCAGGGAGCUGCGCAAGGACAUUGAGAUUCUCAGCCAGACCUUUGAACGUGUGGUGGACUGCAAAGACAGCGUCAUUAAGUCCCUUGCUAAGGACCUUGCUGAAGCAGAAGCUCAAUAUGCGCAUGCUCUACGCAGCCAUUUGCACAACAUAGACCAACUGCUACAACUUCAGCGCUGCCGCCUGGGCUACUUAGAGGAGGAUUACCAAACUGAGCUACAAGCGCUGCAGAAGGAGUUUGACACAGAGAGGAAGAUAAUCAUAGGCCAUCACGAGCAGGAGACUCGCUACCUCCAGGAUGUGCUGCUGGCUAUGGAACAAAACUUUGCGGACAGUGAAUAUGAGGCCAGGCUUGACUUCCAAAGUACGAGAGAUGAUGUCAAAAACAAGAACUUGGAGGAGAAGCAUUACCUGCGCAUGCAGUUAGAGGGCAAAGUGGAAGAGCUGUGGAAACGCUUCCAACAGGCCUUGCGUAAUUACACAGAGGCCACAGAGGACCGCAAAAUUGCCUUUGAAAACCUCAAAGUCAGAGAUGAGAAGAGCACCAAAGAGAUUGAGAUGCAGAUGAAGAAACUGCAGAAGAUGCAAGACCUCAUUAUCAUUCUGAAGAACAAGAUUGCACUUCACGCACGGGAGAGCGAGGAGCAAAAUCGGCGUGUCCGUGAUGAGAAGGAGGUGGUGUUGAAGCAGCUGCAGAAGCUCAAGUGCCAGAUGAACCGGGCAAGAGCCAAGGCUCGUAGCAGUCUGGCUAAGCUGACCAGGGAGAGCAGCGGGGCUCUCAAAGUGCUGGAACGCGUUGUGCAGAAGGCAGAGCUGAUCCUCCGCCUGGCUGAAAUGUGCCGCAGGUUGGAGUCCGAGGAGGAGAAGGUGUUACCGUUUUAUGCUAGCUCCCUGACCUGGGAAGAACAGAAGGCUGCAGAUAAGACAGUUAUGGAGAAACCGGAAGAGCCCCUAGCUCAGAUGAUGCAGGACUAUGUGGGGCUGGAGCGCUUCUGGCAAAGAUACAACAAGGUGAGGCUAGAACAGCUCUCACUGGAGCGGACUAAAGAAGCUCUGCUCCAAGACAAUCUCAAGCUGAGGCAGCUGCUCAAGCAGUACCUGGAUGGCAUCUCAGUGAAUGAUGAAGUUCUGAGCCAGAUCAAUCCACUGAUGAUUGUCAACCAACAAAAUAUCAUCCCAUCUAUGCCCCAGUCUGUGCCUGUCAGAGAGGACCGGUUCAAGCGGCCUAUCUAUAAUGUAGUGGAGGCGGCACACGAGGUCAAGCGGAUCCUCUAGGCCAGCAGCAUUUGAUUUCUGAGCAUUCUGUUCUGCCCCAUUAACAGGCCACUGGGCACAAGGAAGAGCGAAGCUGUCUCAGCCAGAAGCCUGUAUCAGGAUCUUUUGGGAAGGGCUAUUCCCAUAGCAAGCUGCCAUUAAACAGAGCUGAGCUGAUGUGUCUUGGAGCCUUUUCCCCCCCUGCAAACAAGCUCACAGAGAGAUGGGUAUAUUGAGAACAGGUUAUGGUAUGUCUGCCCCCACCUGCAGUCCUGAUGCCUUUGUGUGAGCUUUAAAAGAAAUACCACCACUCCUACCUGCAGGAGGGGUUUGGAAGUGGCUCAGGUGCCAACCUUUUUGUGUCCUUUUCCCCAUCUUUCUUUUCCUACUUGUUACAUAUAUAUUUAAUUCUUCCUCCAAGAGUUCAGAGCAAAAUGUAUGGCGUUCUGGCCCUCUUAUUCCAAAGGCAUUAUCUGAGCUGACAUUUGUUUUGCACCAGUUUAACUGACUCAGAACCACACACACCCUGCCAAAUGCUGGGAGAUGGAAUCUGUUGAGGGUGCCGUGAAAAGUUUAUGUUAACUAUCCUCAGGCAACCUCAGAGAACACCUGCCCUCCUUACCCCUGCCUUUGUGCGUAUGGAAGUGUGAGCAUUCCGCACUCCCCCAAAAAAAGCAACCACAAAGCCAUGACAAAAAAGGCACAGGACAACUUUAUUUCUUCUUCGCCUUGUUUCUCUUCUCCUCCUUGAGUUUCUUCUUGGACACAUGGGGCAUCCGGGACUUCUGAUAGAGGUGGUAUCCGAUGAGCCCCAACAGCGCAGGGACAAGCCCAAUGCAUAGCAGGGGCAGCACGUCAUUCACCACCUUCUGCCAGUAGGUGGCUCUGGCGAGGCCUACCAGCUCCACCUCAAACUGCAGGACUGCGUCAGCUGGAAAAAGGAAGGAGUCCUGUGAAGCAGGGCUGGGAGGCAAUACAGCAGUGCUACAGGCAAGUUUGUAUGUAUAGGCAACUCUCCCUAGGAAAUCUGGCACUCCAGUAUAAUUCAUCUGUGGUGGCUGGUGAUGCUAACAAUAGUUUAUGCUACUCGGUGGUGCUGUCAGGACAGGACUUUGGGGGCAGAAGUUCAGGGCCUCACUCAGCAAAAUCAGCAAGAGCACCCCUCCAGCCAAUAAGAACAUCAUGUCUAAAAUUACCAAAUUGCACCACUGGUGCUGCUGCAGCUAGAGCAGUGCCAGUCCUGGUAAGGAAGACAAGGGUGUGCCUAGUGCGGCUCCCCUGUGCUAGGCAACCUGUCCCUCUAGCCCCUUAGGCAAUAUUGGUUACUUUUUGAGGAAGAGCCACGGCUCAGUAAUAGAGCAUCUGUUUUGCAUGCAGAAGGUCCCAGGUUUAGUCCCUGGCAUCUCCAGGUAGGGCUGGAAGAGACUCCUGUCUGAAAGCUUGGAGAGCCACUGCCAGUCAGUGUGGACAAUACGGAGGCAGAUUGACCAAUGGCCUGACUCGAUAUAAGGCAGCUUCCUAUGUUUCUCUGAGGCUCUGAGUUGUCCACAGAAUGCUGCGUGUGAAAGACUAAAAGGGUUGCCUUCACCCUCUUCAUGCCUGCAUCACUGCAUGGUGCAAGUGGCUAGGAUACAAAAGGCAGCAGAGCACUGCUGUCAACCUGCAUUUGCACUCCAAGGAUUGGACAGUUCUAUGGGCUACAUGAGUUUUCAGGCCAAGGGCAGAACAUAAGCAGAGCGAAGGGUGCUUGUCUAAUUGCAAAGUAGAUUCAACACCCAGUUGAUUCCUAGGUGAGCACAUACAGUAUACUUGCCCCCCAAGCUGAUACCUAGAUUGCAACCACAUAUGCCAUGGACCCUGAGGGCGCAGCCAAAAGAACAGGAAGAAAUGGUGUUAAUGUGGGUGAUGAACACAGGGCGGCUUCAGCUGCUGUCGUCACCCCAUUUAAGCCCAAUGCCAGAUGCUAGCAAGUCAAACAUCCAAAUUCCUUACUAAACUGGCCAGAAGUUUCAUUUUAAGCUAUAUAUAUUGGCAACUAUGUUUUCUUCAGAGCUUGUGUACAUUCAGUGACAUUGAGACACCCUUGAAUGCUUCUCCUUAUUUCACAAACCCAGGUCCCACCCCAGUUUUCCACACGUUCUCCUGAAUUCUGCCCCACUCAGUCUGCACUCCUGAAUUCACCUUGUUUGAGGGUUCAUUUUUACUAGAAAUAUGAAACCAUGGCUCAGUCUGUUAAGUCCUUUUUAAUGUCUGGUUUUAACCCAGGAAAUUGUGAAGCAAUAAUUAACAAGAGAAUGCUUCUGAGCACAUGCAGAAUUUCUUUCACCAUUAACUAACUAGAGCAAUCCUCCACAUAUCUGGGCAUAAGAGCAUAGCCAGGAAUUGGCAUCUGAAUGCUGCAGCAAGACUUUUAAAAUGUUAGUUCUGGCAGGGGCCACUGGGCUCUGCUUUGGGCAGGACGUCUUGGGCCAACACUGCUUUUAUAUAGGGUCAGCUCGGCUUUUUAAAAAAGUUUCACCCACUGCCUCCUACUGUUGCUUCAUGAUGAGCAGGAAAUGGGAGAAGGGGAUGAAAGACACUAAAUACCUUGCAUUUAAAAAAGACUACUGGAGAGAUUCUUACCCCACUCUGUGUCUUUUUCAUGCAAUCACCCAGUGAAUGUUCACAUCUAGCUAUCCCACAGCAUCACAAUACUGUUAAGUGACCAGUCAGUUACUUCUUAGACUUUCCAUCUCAGCCCCUUCAGUCCCUCAACCCUAGAUCAGAGCACUGUGCCAUCUAAACUCCCAAAAUCAAUAUAAGUGGAUAGACCUGUCUCAAAAAGCACGCCCUGGUUCUUUGAUAUCCCAUGCCUAGAUCUCCUUCCGAAUGGUGAUCAAAUAAACACUAGUGGAUCCUACCUGGGACAGAUGGUGGGGACCCUCGUUUGCCAUAUGCCAGGUGAGGGGGAAUGAUGACUCUGCGUUUCUCCCUGCCAGAACAAGGAAAGGACGCAUCGGAAUUUGAGAUAGUACAUUUGUGCACAAAGCUGUUGACUUUAGUGGGGAUCCAUUGGGCAUAAAAAACUGGACAGAGAAUUGCAAUCUUCAGUAAAACAAACUACAAAAUCUUAGAGGGAACAGGAUUCAGAUAAAUGCUGUACAGAUGUAUCAGACCAGUUUUUUAAAACUGGAUUUCCUGUUCAUAUGUAAGGACACGUACGUGGCUAAACCAAGGGUUCUUAACCUGAAUCAUACUGAACCUUCCCAAGAAGAAAUGAAGGGCUGAGAAAUGGCAUCAGUAGAAGGGGAGGAAUCAUGGCUUGCCUUAAACUCCUGAAAGACAGGCUUUAGGAAAGGAGUUCUGAGAUGGUGACCCAGGCCACAAUCCAAGCACAUUGGAAGUUACUUACCCAACACACAUAUCCAGCAGACUCUGUUCUAAGCCUGAACCAAAGAAAAAACAGAUCAGACAAUGUGGCAAGAAGCGUCUGUGGCUUUCAGCCAUUAAGUUCCUUUCUGUAUAUAUGGGGGUAGGGAGAGGACACACUUAGGCCUAAUUCUUACGGAGUUUGGGCUAUACCACAUCAGAGUGAUGUGGAGGGGUUUGCAUGACUCGCUGUUCCUUUAUAGGUAAACCUGUUAGAGCAGGCAUGGGGAACCUCUGGUCAGUGGCUAAAUUGGGCUCACCAGGACUCCUAGUUUGGCUAUUUCCCCUCUGCCAUGCCCACCUCUUGUCAGUCACAUCUGAUAACUGUAUGAUGUCAGGGAUAGGACAGGUGAAGCCACAGCUGCAAAUGAGCAAUUAGAAGUUUUAUAGUGUGCUCCCAAUUGUGCACUUCCAAUACAGCUUACAUUCAGCAUUGUUUAAAUUUGGUGCCAAAUGCAAGCUGUGCUGCUUUCAAUGAGGGUCAGAUCCACUCAGGAACUCGAGUGGAUCAGUAAUGCACCUUGUAUUCAGUGCCAAAUUUAAAUGUCAAAUGCAAGCUGUGCUUGUAAAGGAACAAUUGAGAAUGCAGAUUUCCAAUAGUUCCUAUGCAAGUGCGGCUUGCAUUGGCGCUGUUUAAAUUUAGCACUGUGUACAAACCACGCUGCUUCAACCAGAGGUCAGAUCCACCUGAUGUCAUGUGACAUCAAGUGAUUGACAGGUGGUGCUUAGAGGGUUGGCCAGAAUUGCAUCUGACCACAGGCUGAAAAGAGUUCCCCAUCACUGUGUUAGAUAGGCAUUUUUUUGCCCUUCCCCGCAAUCAUUUUUCUCCCACCCUCCACUACCUUGUUCCAUUAUGGGCAUUCACAUAGCUUUUUCUGUACUGGUAGCAUGCACAUGACCUUAAAAAAAAAUCCCAGGAAGUCCACAAGAGCAAACUACCAGCCUUAGUUACAUGUUUCACAAUGGGCAAAAAUGCAUUUCCAUUAAAAAAAACACCAAAACUGAAGCCUUGUACAAGAGUAGUAUUUAGCUGACUUGGUAUAAAUCUUGUGCAAGAGUGAUAAAGAGAUCUUGCACAAGACUUCUGAAUAAGAUUUUUUUUUGAAAGCCUGAUGUGUGUACAAUGAUUACAGUCUCCAAGGUCCUUCCCCAUGUUUACUGUGUGGAGAUCUUGAGAGAAUAGUUCUCCUGAAGAGGACAUGCCUUCUGCAUGCCACAAUCAGUUUUAACAGGUAUCAGCUCCUGAAAACAAAAUGGCUAGGUGGUGUUCAGGUAAGGAGUAAACGGAAGUAGGGAUGUGGUGAUAGAGAACACCCACCAAAGCAUCACCAUACAUGUGACAAACCACCCACCCCCAAUUAUGUGCUAAUGUGCUUCCACACCAGUGACUGCAGGUUAUUUUUACUUCAUAAUUGGAUUUUCUGUAGUAACAGGAAAUAUGGAUUA